CAGUGGAACCUAGAAGCCUCAGAAUUUAAUGAAAUUUGGAGAAUUGAGGUGCACACAAGCUCUGGGUCCCGCACUGUGACUUGAAGCCACUUUCCCUCCACGUGUUGGAGCGGGACCGAGUCCCAGCUGACCUCUGCGACGCGCACCGCCCGGGGCAGGACCCUCCGACGGGAGGACGAGCGCCUGCACGCCUGCGGCCUCCCGGUGGCGCUGGGCCCGGGCAGUCGCGGCGGGGUCGCCGGGGCAGGGGUCGCCUUCCGCCCGCCCGUCCGCCGCGCGCUCCCCCGGUGUCCCGUCUGCCGCGCGCCCCGGGCCGCCAUGGAGCGGGCAGUGCUCGGCCGCGCAGGGCCCGCGGAGCCGGGGCCUUUCCUGAGCAGCGCGCGCGGCCCCGAGCCGCCGGGCUCGGCUUCCUCCGCCUGCGCGCUCGCGGUGGCCGCCGUGCUGCCGGCGGGGGGCUGCGGGGAGCGCAUGGGCGUCGCCACCCCGAAGCAGUUCUGCCCGGUCCUGGAGCGGCCGCUCAUCAGCUACACCCUGCAGGCCCUGGAGAGAGUAUGUUGGAUAAAGGACAUUGUUGUGGCAGUAACUAGAGAGAACAUAGAAGCAAUGAGAAGUAUCAUUCAGAAGUAUCAACAUAAAGGCAUCUCACUGGUGGAGGCAGGAGUGACUCGCCACAGGUCCAUUUUCAGUGGACUGAAAGCACUGGCAGGGGACCAGCCUGGCUCCAGACUCUCCAAGCCCGAAGUUGUGAUUAUCCAUGAUGCCGUGAGACCAUUUUUUGAGGAGGAUGACCUCCUCAAAGUUGUCAAAGCUGCUAAGGAACAUGGGGCUGCGGGAGCAGUUCGACCUCUCGUAUCUACGGUCAUCAGUCCCUCUACUGAAGGUUGCUUAGACCACUCGUUAGAACGUGCCAGAUACAGAGCAAGUGAAAUGCCACAGGCAUUUCUAUUUGAUGUGAUCUAUGAAGCCUAUCAGCGGUGUAGUGACUAUGACUUGGACUUUGGAACUGAGUGCUUGCAGUUGGCUCUGAAGUACUGUUGCACUAAUGCCAAACUUGUGGAAGGAUCCCCUGACCUCUGGAAGGUGACCUACAAACGAGAUCUGUAUGCGGCUGAAUCGAUUAUUAAGGAGAGGAUUUCACAAGAAAUUUGCAUAAUUGUGGAUAGAGAAGACAAGGAACAUGUAGCUCAUCUUCUUGAAGCUGUACUAAAAAAUGAAUUAAAUCAUGUAAAAGUCACAUCUGGAGCUCCGUGUCCUUCCGGCAGCAGUGUUCAGCGCGUCAUGUUAGAACAGUGCUACAGUUUUGUUUGUGUGAAUGUUAUGACAACUGAUUUUCAAAAUACCCAGAAAUUCCUGCGCAUGCUUGAGGAAAGCAACCUUUCCAUUUUAUAUCCUGUAGUAGUUGUUUCGGAUGAACAGAAGGUACAGGAGAGCCUAAGACAAGGUGCCGUCAUUAUUGCUGCCUUAAUGAAAGACAGAAACUCUGCGCUCACUGGUCAGCUGCUGGUGGCAUGAAGCACAUGGACAGGAAAUCACCUUUCGGGCUUCUGAUCAUGUUUGCCUGUCUCUACUGCAUUUCCUUCCCAUCCUGCUGCCUCUUAUUGUGUGCACGAGAGAUGUUCAAGUUAUUUUCUCUAUCUUAUAAGUUACAGGAUGUGAUACUUAGACAAUAAAAGUGGGUCAGUGUUUGUGUCUGUCGCGUUGGGUAUGUCAAAUAUAAAUUGUCUGACUCACAAGAGACAAUGACUCGCUUCACAUAAAGGAUCGUCUCACAAAGGAGAAGUGAAAUUGGAAUCAGCAUGGUGAGCCAUUCAUUCCUUAAAGGUGUGAAAAUUUAGAAAACUUUCGCUAUGAUCUUAACUCUGUUAUUUAAUAAAUCACAGUAUAAUUGGCUAAUGAAUAAGAUUCUAAAGUUGUUCUUUCAAUAUGUGACAUUUUGUCUAAAAAACAGGUUACAGAAAAUAGACCUGCUUCACACAUUCUCACAUUUUCCCUCUUUCCUAUCUAGAUCCCAAAAAGAGAUGUAGCCUUUUGCUUUUCCAUUAUUUUUAAAUUGUAUGUUUUCUUGGGUUUAUGAAGCAUAAUUUUGACUUUCAUUGUUUUAAGGAGUCUGAUUUUUCUGAAUAAGUUUUUAAAAAGCCUGAAGAGCUUAAUAAAACUCCAGUGACACUGGUUGGCCAUGCUGGUGGUCUUCUGAGAAACCUGGAAUCCACAGUUGAAUGACUCUUUUGCUGUAGAUAUUACUGCCUUGUCAAAUCAAGUUCUUCUUUUUCAUUUUAUUUUAAACAGAAAAAAACCCAAAGGUUCAUAACGGGAUAAUAGGAGAGUAGCAGUGGUUGAUGCAUUGUGUAUUGUUAUCUUCAGAGUAGUUAGAGUACAAGAUAUAGGCAUGAAAAAACUGUCCAGACAGUAUUAGCACGAACCUUUCUUCUCAAUGAACUAAGAGGAAUUAGUAAUAUGUCUUAGCUACUUGGAGUAUAUAUAAUAUAUAUUUCCUUUCUACUUCCUUCUUUUCUCCUUUCCUCCAUUCCAGAUUCUUUCCUUUUGAAUAAUUUCUUCCCAUUUCACGGUAUCUAUUGUACAUUUUGGAUUUUAUUUAGUCUUUUGGGUUCUCACACUAAUGAGACCAUAUGAUAUUUACACAUGUGAAUCUCAUUUACUUCACUUAUGUGCACGGUUUUGAGCUGCAUCCAUUUACCUGUAAAGUUCGAUGUUAUCCUGUUUUGUGGCUGAGUAGCACUCCAUUAUAUUAAAAAAAAUUUUUUUUAACAGUCCUCAGUUGAAGGCCAUUUGGGUUGUUUCCGAGAUUUGGCUCUUACAAAUUGUGCUGCUAUAAAUAUGGGUACACAUAUAUUGCAGUGGUAUGUUUUUAAUUCUUCUGGGAAGAUAUCCAGAAAGGUAUCUUAAAGAAAAUAAAAAGAAAAAUGGAAGUAAAAUAAAACAGUUUCAAGUCAAACUAAUAGGAAAGUAACAAUAAUUAAUGUAUUACACAUUGAUGUCUCCCUGUUAAUUACUCAGACUACAAGAUAAAGACAUGCCGAAUGUCUAGAUAAUAUUAGCACAAAUCUGUCCAAUGAACUAAGAGAAACUAAGUGUAUACUUAUCUUAACUAUCCUGUGAAUGUACAUAUUUUCCCUUUUCCUUUCCUUUCUGCUAUUAGUUUCUCUUUUCUUUUGAACAGUUUCCUUCUAAUUCACAAUAUCUGUUGUACAUCUUGGAUAUUAUUUACUUGUUCAGCUUUAUUAGUGAGUUAAUUCAUUGUUUACACACAUGGGUCUGAUUUAUUUCACUUAUGAGUAUGGCCUCAAGUUGCAUCCAUUUACCUUUAGAAGUCUUGAGUUUAUCCUUCUUUAUGACUGACUAGUACUCCAUUAUACCUUUAGAAGUCUUGAGUUUAUCCUUCUUUAUGACUGACUAGUACUCCAUUAUACUUUUUUUUUUGUUUUUACCCAUUCCUUGGUUGAGGGGAAUUUGGGUUGUUUCCAACAAUCUAGUUAUUAAAAAUUAUGCUGCUAUAAAAAUAGGAACACAUGUAUUAUUGUGGUUUUUAACUCUUUUGGAAUUCUUUAAUUCUUCUGGAAAGAUAUACAGAAAAAAAUAGCUGGCUUUAAUGGGACCUCUAAACCUAGUUUUUUAAGGAGUCUCCACACUGAUUCCACAGGGGAUAUACUACACUAUAUUCCCACCAACAGUAUUCCUUUACCCCACAGCUCUGCCAGCAUGUGUUACUGAUUGAUUUCCUGAUAGUAGCCAUUCUUUCUAAAAUGAGAUUAAAUCUCAGUAUUGUUUUAAUUUGCAUCGCUUGAAUCACCAGUGAUGUUGUACUUUUUUAAAACAUUUAUUUGCUAUUUGUAUUUCUUCUAAAAAGUACAUAUUCAUUUCAAAUGUCCAUGCUAAUCCUAAUUUUUUGAGGAAUCUCCACACUAAUUUCCACAGUGGUUGCACCAGGCAACGCUCACAUCAACAGUGGAGAAGCAUUCCUUUUUCCCCACAGCCCCUCCAGCAUUUGUUAUUGAUUUCCUCAAGAUAGCCAUUCUCACGGAGUGAAAUGGACUCUCAGUGCUGCUUUAAUUUGCCUUUCUUGAAUGAUCGAUGAGGUUGAAGAUUUUUUCAUGUAUUUAUUUGUAAUUUGUAUUUCUUCAUCUGAGAAGUGUGUAUGCCCUCAUGUGCCCAUUUUUGGAUUAGGUCCUUGCAUUCAGGGGAUCUGAUUUUUUUUCAGUUCUUUAUAUGUUUUAGAUAUAAUUUCUUUGUUUGAGGCACAACUGGCUCUAAAUUUUUUCCCACUGUUUACUUUGUCUUUUCCUCUGUGGUGAUUCCUUUUCAUGUGAAAAACUUUUUGAUAAACUAAGAUCGUAUUUAUUGAUUCUUUCUAGUAUUUCCCAUGCCGUCUGCCUACAGCUUUGUCGAGAUUUGUACCUACCUUGUCUUCCAGGAGAUUGAGUGUCUCAGCUUUAAUAUUUAGGUCUUUGAUCCACUUUGACUUUAUAGUGCAGAAUGCUAGGCUGGGUUAAUUCUUAGUCUUUGGCAUGUGAAAAGCCAGUUUUCCUAGCAUCAUUUAAUAAAGAGGCUGUUUUUCUUCCAUUGAAUAUUUGUUUUCUUUGUUAAAGAUAAAGUGGGUGAGUGUGUUUGGAGUUGCAUCUACAUCUUCUAUUCUGUUCCACUGAUCCUCAGGGUUGGUUUUGUUUGUUUUGUUUUUGUCUUUGCCAGUACCAUGUUGAUUUUAUCACAGUAGCUUUGUAGUAUAAUUUCAAGUCAGGAAUUGAAAUCGCUCCUGCCUUGUCUUUGUUGCGUAGAAUUGCCUUUGCUAUUCUAGGUCUCUUCUGGCUCCAAAUGAAUUUUAGGACUGUUUUCUCUAAUUCUGUGAGGCAUGCUCAUGGAGUUUUGAUUGAGAUUGUAUUAAAUCUGUAUGGCAGUUUUAGGACUGUAGCAAUUUUCACUAUGUUUGUUCUUCCUGUCUGUGAGCAAGAGAUAUCUUUUUAUUUUCUGAUACCUUCAAUCCUGUUUUUCAGAAUACUGUAAUUUUCUAGGUAUAGAAUGUCUACUUCGUUUGUUAGAUUGAUUCUUAAGUGUUUCAUUUUUGGAUGCUAUUAUGAAGGAUAUUGUCUCCCUUUCUCUCUCUGUGAGGUUGUUGCUCAUAUAUGGGAAGAUUAUUAAUUUUUUUGUACCUGCAGUUGAACUCAGGACCUUCUGCUUGCCUGGCAAGUGCUUAUACCACUGAGCUAUAUCCCCAGCAAGCUAUGGAUUUUCAAGUGUUGACAUUGUAUAAAGCCAUGCAAUUGAAUUUGGUUAUUAAUCAAGGAGUCUUUUGGUGGAGUUUUUGGGGUCUUCUAUGUAGAGUAUAAUGUCAUCAGCAAAUCAUAGUAAUUUAACUUCUUAUUUUCCUAUCCUUAUUCCUUUUAUUUCUUUCUUGUCUAAUUGCUCUAGCUAGUAUUUCCAGAACUAUAUGCAGUAGGAUUGGUGAGGCUGGACAUCUUUGUCUUGUUCCUGAUUUUAGAGAGAAAGCUUCCCACUUUUGACCAAUUCGUCUCAUGUUAGCUGUCGGUCUGUCACAGGUGGCUUUCAUUAGAUUGACGUAGAGAUCAUCUAUUCUAAUUUUCUGCAGGGUUUUUAUCAUGAAUGGCUAUUGGAUUUGUCAAAUGCUUUUUCUGUAUCUCUUGAGAUGAUCAUGUGAUUUUUGUCUUUGGCUCAGUUUAUAUGGUGUAUUGCAUUUAUUGACUGGUAUAUGUUGAACCAUUCCUGCAUCUCUGCAUCCGUGGGAUGUAUAGUCAUGUUGAUGAUUUGCUGUAUUCUGUUUGACCAUAUUUUAUUAAGGGUUUUUGCAUCUAUAUUCAUUUGGGAGACUUCAGUUUUCUUUUCUAGUUGUGUGCUUCUCUGGUUUGGGUAUCAGAGUAAUGCUUGCUUCUGGGAAUGAUUCAGGAAGUUUGAUUCCCUUUCAAUUUCAUUAAAGAGUUUCAGCAUUAGUGGAGGUAGGUCUUCUCUGAAUUUCUUGUAGUAUUCAGCAGUAAAUCCAUCAGAGCCUGGGCUUUCCUUCAUUGGUAGGCUUUCAAUUAUAUUUUCAAUUUCAUUGACUGAUACCAGGUUCCUUAUAUCAGAUAUUAUAAUUAGGUUGCUUAUAGUUUCCUGAUUUAGUUUUGGUAUUCAUAUGUGUACAGGAGUCUGACCAUAUUUUGUGUUUUCAUUUUUUUAUUGUACAGGUUCUUGUAGUAGAUAUUGAUAAUCUAGAUUUCCACAGAAUCCAUUGUUAUUUUACCCUUUUCAUUCAUAAUUUAGUGAAUUUGAAUGUUUUCUCGUUUUUGAUAAGGUUGGAUAGAGAUUUAUCAAUUUUAUCAAAUAAUCUUUUAAAGAACCAAUUCUUUGAUUCAUUGAUCUUUUGUAUUGUUUUGUUAGUCUAAAUUGGAUUAAUUUCUUCUCUGAUUUUUAUAAUUUCCUCUCUUGCACAAGCUUUGAGUUUGAUUUGUCUAGCAAUUUGGGUUCAACAUUAAGUUGUUUAUUUGAGCUCAAUAUAUUUUCCUUUUUUUUGCAUUUUUUUUUGUCUUUUUCGUUUUUAUUGGUACCAGGAAUCGAACUCAUGACUGCCUGCUUGCAAGGCAGGCACUUAUGCCGCUGAGCUAAAUCCCCAGCCCAAUAUAUUUUCCUGAUGUGGGAGUUUAUCACUAUAAGUUGCUGUGAUAUGCCUCUUCUUUAACUUGCAUUUAUUGAGGUGACCAUGUGAUGUCUUUGGCUGUUUAUAUGGUGUAUUACAUUUAUUGAUUUGCAUACACUGAACCAUCCCUGCAUCUCUGGGAUGAAUCCUUGUUGGUCAUGUUGUAUAAUCAUCUUGAACCACAUAUUGAAGUAGGAAUUGAUAAUCUUCUAGUUUCAUUAAACUUCAAUAUGUUUCAA